GUUCUUCUUCGUCAUCGGCGUCACUGGGCGCAACGGUGUGUCUGCUCUAGACAUGUGGCUCACACCGGCGGGGCGGAUAAUUUUUGACGUCGUUGAACGACCAUACCAGUCUGGCAGCGCCGCCUGGACUCGAAGUGGCUUAUAUUAUCUACGGCAAACCGACCGAGGGGACUACACGAGCAUCAGGAAACGGUUCAAUACCUGUGCGUGAGGAGUACGCCGGUGAUAAUUUUGGUGGAUUUUUGAUCCUACGCAAUCUAUUUUUAUCGUUACUAGUAGGAAUGAGCCAACUUGCUCGCACGUACCACUCGUCGGCGCAUUGUUUCUUUCAGGUUGGAGGGAAUUAUGAAAGCGAUGCGUUCAUUUUGCACAUUCAAUGACU